CACACAAGUAUGGGACAUAUUGACUGUGUGGGAUAUGCUUUACAUAGACGGCCCAAAGCUAAAAACGGGUAGGGAGGGCGUCGAACCCAGGUGGAUUCAUAUUCCAUCCAACAAUAUUGAAUGGAUGAAGGAUGUCUUCAGAGUUCUCUACUCGGCUGCUGUCACCGAGCUUGGGAGUAUUCAUGGAGGCGGCAAAGGUAAAGGCAAUGCUACGGACGAUGCGCAACUAUCCAAGGCGCAGAAGGCAAAGCAGUCAUUAGAAGCAGUUCUUGAGUUCAUUGAUGCCGAAUUUGGCAAGCAGAGACGGUCUCACUGGGCGGUAAGAUUCAAGUCUAUGCCGCAAACGCUCGAUAGUUUCACGCCUCGCAACUGCCACAGAAAACCUCUUUUUAACCCCUUUAUUCAACCCCUCUUAAGAUUUCAUAAAGAUUUCAUCGUGAUGCUGAUUUCGGUUUAGGCAUCAUACGGUGGAAGAACCAAGAAUAAAGACAAUCAGAUGCUUUCGCUCAUGUUUCCAGUUCUCGAUGUCGACAUGCGGAAA